CGCCAUUUUUCGCGAAUAGGUAAAAGGAAUAGUUUGAGCUUUGUUCACUCUGUUAAAAAACACUCUGCUCCAGAUGCCAUCGCCUGAUUUCGAGGAUAUUCCAGCUGCCAAGAAGAUGAAGAUCGACAAGUGUGUCCUGCGAUUCGCCAAGCUGACUGAAAAUGCACUGGAACCGGUGCGGGGAUCCGCCAAAGCGGCAGGAGUUGACCUGCGUAGCGCCUACGAUUUGGUGGUUCCUGCUCGAGGAAAGGCCAUCGUGAAGACCGAUCUGCAGGUCCAGGUUCCGGAGGGUUCGUACGGCCGGGUGGCUCCACGGUCCGGACUCGCCGUUAAGAACUUCAUCGAUGUGGGCGCCGGCGUGGUCGAUGAGGAUUACCGCGGCAACCUUGGUGUCGUGUUGUUCAACCACUCGGACGUGGAGUUCGAGGUGAAGCGCGGGGAUCGCAUUGCCCAGUUCAUCUGCGAGCGCAUCUUUCAUCCGGAACUCGAGCUGGUCGACAAACUGGAGGACACCGAACGCGGCGAGGGAGGUUUCGGGUCCACCGGAGUCAAAGAUCUGCCGGCGGCCAAGGCUCAAAAUGGCAAUGGGGAGAAGGCUGCCGAGCCGGAGGCUGCUGCUCCUGCUCCCAUUGCCACGUAGGAGAGCGAAUCUUAAUAUUGUUAAGCACACAUCGCCCUUUGAGGCCACACAUCCUAAGGCCUUCAUGUCCAUAAGACAAAAGUUUCAUUCCCGUAUGUUUAAAUGAAAUCAUUAAACCAUGUUAAAUAAAGCCUGAUACUUAACCAACAACAAA